GGCGAAGAGAGGGAGAAACUAUAGUUUACAACAAGGCGACCCCGAGCUAGAAGAAAUGAAGGAGCACUUUCGGCAGUUUCGAAAGGAAAGACAUGAACUACCGGAGAAGCGUAGAUUGGAGGAAGAACGAAAAGCCAAGGAGGAAGAUGAGAUACGUAGAAACCAAGACUUCGCGCAGAAGGCGGAGGAGUUUCGAUUACAACUACGCGCCGAGCAACUAGAAGAAUGGAGGAGAACUAACUCGGAAGCUAAGGAAGCGGUUGAGAAGACUAGGAAAUCGACACAGAAGCACACUGGGAAAAGUGGGAGUGGAACCAAACGGAAGAUAGGCCAGAAUCGGAAGAAGAAGGUACUGGAGUCGUCGAGCGAGGAGUCGGAAUCAGAGAAUACAUCCAAUGAAGAAGUAUCAGACUCGUCAACUAGUGACUCUGACACGCAAGGAACCAGAGCGCGGGUGAAGGCACGCGGUAAGCGCACUGUGAAACGAUCGAGGCGGAAAGCGAAACCGAAGAAGGAUAAGGACAAGAGACCUUCAGAACGCACACCGCCAAGUAGAGUUUACAAACGGGGCAAAAGCUCCAAGCAACUGCCGGUGAGACAGGAGGAUGAACCUGGCAUCGAUGGUGAACCUCAGACGCCCUUGACUGGCAAUUUCAAGGGUCUAUCAGCCGGGUGCUCACAAACGGGACUCAUCGAUUACUGCAUCUCAGCUCAUAAGAUUUACUCCAGCAAGAAAGCGGACGUGCUGAGGAAGCUAUGCGAGCAGAAGGGACUGAAAUUUGGACUGGAUAUGUAUGUUGUGAUACCAUUACGACACGCAAAUAGCACGGAUGACUAUGCUUUCGAGAAGCACUUGAUUUCGGUUUUUAAUCCUAGCUUGAACUCGAGGGAUAGAGGAAAGGGCGGAAAAGAGAAACUGUCAAAGGGCAGAUGGAGGAAGGGCAGACGGGAGAGAGGCGGAUGUAGGAGAACAAUACGCUUGCAGAGAGUGACUAUGAUGGGAUACCAGGGGAUGCAUAUCACUUUGGUCCUUAGCUGGCUGACGGAACACAUUGACGGGAGGGAGAUAAUGGUACAGUUUGCUAGCAGAGAUAGCUGGAUAGACGGCUGGAGGAGAAUUAGGCGAGCUUUCGGGGGCUCUGAAAUCGUGAUUGGGGGAGAAGUAUCGAGACUCGGCGUAUCCAAGGCGGCAUUGGAAAAGGGAGGGGAGGUGCGGUUCAAGCGAAUCAUUAAGUCAAAGACCACGACCGAGCGUAAUAGGAGCUUGUUGAUCUCUCUGCUCAAGAGGCCGAGACCGGAUUCCAGACUGCAGCCUCUGCCUACAAAGAAGCUCAUCGGCCUCUAUAAGACUGCAGGCUUAUUCAGUGAUAAGGGAACGAAGCACCGACUGCGCAUGAAGCUGGAUCGGGUCAUAGCCCGGAAGACGGGCGUGACCGUGAGAAAGAGGGUUAACAUCAAACUGCCCUUUGACUCACGUAUCCGGAAGAAUGGUGUAAGGAGCUUGGCGGAGCAAGCAAUUGAUAGGGCGAUUAAGGAGAAACCUCUUGUGGAUUUCGUGAAGACCAGAAGUCGUGUCCUGUGGCUAAAGAACUGGACGGUGGCGGAGCUGCUGCACAACCAGAAGAAAUAUGCGAAUAUGCAGGAGUACCCUUGCCCGUGUAGAUACUUGGAUCUGCACAAAUUGGAGGGACACGUAUCAACGAGUUUCUCGGAGAUGGACGUACCUACCUUUGUCAGGAACUCCAAGAAUGUGACCAAACCGGCCAGAGCUAUCAGCACAGACACACUGGCUAAGGCCGUACUUUUAGCGACCCAACACUUGAAGGUGAAGGAGAUUCUAGAGAUUGAACCAAGGGAGGUGCUGAUCGGCGAACAGAGACCAAGUACAACCUGGACGGAUGAAGAGGUGCUCAAUUGGAAGGUGUAUCUAGAUGGCCUGGUGCUCACACCUAUAGACCGCAAUCAAGGUGGCACGGCGGUACUGUGCCCCGUACUUUACCGGCAUGGAUUCGGUAAGACAUUCUCUUGGAACACGAAUUACGAAGCAGUGGGGACCUGUGAGGCGGAGGCGGACGUCCUUAAAGAGAGCAGAGAUGACUUCAGGAGGAGCGGACUUCAGGCGAUUGGGACCUGGAAACCGGACGGUCGUUUGGGGGCCGCGUAUGUGAUCCCCAAGCACAAGGAUCUCACACGGUGGAGGCCGAUUGCGCCUGCACCCGCAGACCCAGCCUCGAUGACACAUCGGAGUGUGGCGCGGGCUCUGCAUCAACUGCGGAAACGACUACCUGAGAACAGUACCUUUUACCUGAACUCUAUCGCUGAACUAGGGGAAAGGCUAGCUGGCACUGCAAUACGUCUGAGAGUCGCGGGCUGCGACAGUGCGAUCGGGAGGUGCUAUGACAUCAAGGACAUGUUCUCCCGUAUACCACACGAAACGGUGAUACAAGCAGUGCACCACCUGCUCAGACUCUAUAAGGAUAAAGGCUGCAAGCAAGUUAGAGUAUCGCGGAGGGGGAAGAUCUGUGUCAUCAGCAACAACAGGAGGAAGAUGGACGGUUGUGUGAGUUUGAAGCUGAAACUGAUUUUGGAAGGCGUGAAGUACGACCUGAGACACACUGUGGUGAGAUGCGGAGAGAAGAUAGUAAAGCAGGUGUUUGGGAUACCGAUGGGCAAGUCAACUAGUUCGAUACUUGCCUCAAUCACAUGCGCGAUGGCCGAAUUACGAUUCAUAAAUGAGCUUGGCGGGGAUAGAAGACUGAUUGGAGGCUGGCGGGUCAUGGAUGAUAUCUCGGUGAUCACUGGAGUACGGGAACAAGACCAGAAGAUGAUACAAUAGGAAGAUUUGUUCGCCGCGUUUGAAGGCAUCU